CCACCUUUCAUUUUUUUUCCAAUGAAAUAAAUAAUGAGCAAGAUAAAGUUGGUAGAGGCGAAGUUGCCAGCAGGGUUCAGGUUCCAUCCCAGAGAUGAAGAGCUGGUGUGUGAUUACUUGAUGAGGAAGGUCACUUUAACUGAUGCCUUGCACCUCUUGAUUGAAGUUGAUCUUAAUAAGUGCGAGCCUUGGGAUCUUCCUGAAACGGCUCGAGUGGGUAGGAAGGAAUGGUAUUUUUACAGUCAAAGAGAUAGAAAAUAUGCAACAGGAUUGAGGACGAAUAGGGCAACAGCCUCAGGGUACUGGAAGGCCACUGGGAAAGAUAGGGCAGUCCUAAGCAAGGGCACCAUUGUAGGGAUGAGGAAAACCUUGGUGUUCUACCAUGGUAGGGCUCCCAAAGGCACAAAAACUGAUUGGGUAAUGCAUGAAUUCAGGCUUCAUGGUCUCUUUUCCACCUUCAAGGAAGAUUGGGUGUUAUGUCGAGUGUUGCACAAGAACGAAGAGAUUAGUGCAAAACACAGUAGCAUGGGAAGCUGUAAUGAUGACACAGGCUCUUCAACACCUCUUCCGCCGUUGACGGAUUCUUACUUCACUUCUCAUCAGAAUCAACCAAAUCCAGAUGAGCAGCAAGUGCCCUGCUUCUCCAAUUUGCCCCAAACCCAAACCGACCCGGAUUUCAUAGACGUCGGACCGAACAUUCCGGCCGAAACACAAACAGCUGUUGGACAAACAUCCGUUAAUGUUGCUUGCUUGGACUCUUUCCCUUGUGAUAAAAAAGUGAUCAAAGCUGUGCUGAACCAUUUGACCAAGCUGGAUGCUUAUCUUAAUGUGAAGGAAUCGCCGAGCUUCGGAGAAGGAAGCUCAGACCAAAGCUAUUUGUCUGAAAUUGGAAUGUCCGGCAUUUGGAAUUAAUACACACUACACUUGUCUUUUACAAAAUUUGAUUUACAAAAGUUGGGGAUUGUCGAUGUCGCCUUAUAUGCGCUUGUCUGAUACAUUAAGAUAUAGCUCCUAAAGUGGAUAAUUGUAAAUGAUUUCAAGUGGGGGUACGAAUUUAUAUUUACUUUGCGGUUCGA